AUGAACCUGCUGGAAUCAAUAGAGGAUCAAAACGAAGACGUCUUUGCACUCGCCAAACACGUGAUCGCUACAACCGGAAAAAACACCAACGUCGUCUUCUCUCCUGCGUCAAUCAACAUCGCCCUUAGCUUCAUCGCCGCUAGCUCUUCAGACGCCAUCAGGGAACAGAUUGUCUCUCUUCUUGAUGCUUCCUCUUCCGAUGAGCUUAACGCCGUCGCUUCCCAUGUCUUAUCCACCAUACUUGCUGACAAUAGUGCAAACGGAAGCCCUUUGAUCUCGGCAGCCAAUGGCGUAUGGGCCGAUAAGUAUCUCCCUCUCAACCCUUCUUUCAUGGAACUCUUAACGACUUCUUAUAACGCUGUUUUCAAUCCAGUAGACUUCAGGACAAAGGCUUCUGAAGUGACUAAGGAGGUGAAUUCAUGGAUUGAAAAGCAGACAAAGGGUCUCAUCACUGAGAUUCUUCCACCAACUUAUGUUCCUGCUUUGACUGAUGUCAUAUUUGCAAAUGCAUUAUACUUCAAUGGAAGAUGGGAUGAUAAAUUCGAAGCGUCGCUAACCAAAGAAGACGACUUUCACCUUCUUGAUGGAACUAUCGUGCGUGUGCCCUUCAUGACAAACGAAGAAGACUUGUUUCUAAGGAAGAUUUACGUGUGCGAUGGUUUCAAAGUGCUUAAGCUCCCUUACAGCCAAGGAAGUGAGUAUAGUCGUGCUUUCUCAAUGGAAAUCUAUCUUCCCGAUGAAAAAGAUGGAUUGUCUGCUAUGUUGGAAAGUUUUGAUUCCGAUCCUGAAUUGUGGAAUGGAAAUAUGUCACGAGAAUGGGCGGAUAUUUGUAAACUCAAGGUUCCAAAGUUUCAAUUUUCUUUUGAGUUUGAAGCCUCGGAAGCUCUCAAGGGGUUGGGUUUGGAUUUGAGUAUGAUGAAGAUAUUCCACAAAUGCCGAGUAGAGGUCGAUGAAGAGGGAACAAAAGCAGUAGCCGCGACUGUCGUACCAGGAUGCGGAGGAUGUGGGCCAGCACCAAGGACUGAUGAUUUUGUGGCUGAUCAUCCGUUUCUCUUCGUAGUUAAAGAAAAAAAGAGUGGACUGGUUCUGUUCCUUGGUCAAGUACUUGAUCCGUCCAUCACUAUUUGA